UAUGAUAAUGGUUAAUUCUUGAUACCAGUGUCCUUGUUUGACCUACUUGGAAGCAAGAAAAUGAAUAUCAAGUAGAUACUAAGUAAAGUAAAUAGGAGAUGAAAGUACCUCAGCUAUUUGCAAGAUUUUACCCCAAUCAAUGCACCUUGAUAGAUUAUCUGGCUGAAGUUCAAGACAAAAUAUACCAUCCUAAUGACCAAUCAAAUUACAAAGAUUUACUAGAGAAAACUAUAGUAUGUUACCAUGGUGACCGACCAGCAAACAUUGCGCUGAACGUUAUGCAUGGAUUUGGCAUCGAGGAAGUGAUUCAGAGAAUCAUCAAGACUUCUUGUCAUUCAAAAGGAGGCAGCACAAGCAAUGUACUUUCACUGGGGUAUGAAGUUGCCAGGGACAAGCCAAACAGCCAGGCAACCAACAGCAUCUUCAAUGAGCACCCUAAUUCAAAUGUUAGAUUCUUGAUGUCCAAGGUGUGGCAAACCCUUUAUGAUCGUGUAGGUGAUGAUUUGAUGAUCCACCUACUGAAGGAUGUGGCGCUGUUUGUUAAAGUUGGCACAAGCUGUUACAUGCAGGUAUCAGGUCAACCAAUGUACAACCUGGAAUAUAUGGAAGUCAACCAAAGGGCUAAACCAAGAAAUACUAGUCAUAACUCUAAAUCAAAACAAGGAUCUGAAGCAUGUAAAGAGCAUCCAUCAUCAAUUCAUGAAUCGGAUUACUCUUCAGUCCGUUUGUUAGGGGAGAAUGCCUCAAAAGAGCCAUCGGAACAAUGUACUCUGCCAAGCAGGGGGAUAUCUAAUAUUUUGGACACAGAAGGAUCAUACCAUUCUCAAGGAACAUUAUGUCACGGAGAGUCGCAAACUUUGCCUGUAUUUCAAAGUGCUGCCCAAGGUAAAGACGUUUGUGUUAAAAUGGAAGUCGAUGAGAAGCUAGCGUUUCAAGAAAACGAGUCGAAAAAGAAGACAAGUAAGAAAAGAAAAAGAAACACUAGUUCCAGUAGAACCAGAAAACCUGCUAAAAAACGAAGACUCAAUGACUCCACUUUUAAAGCAUCCAGCAAUCCUGAAUUACAGAGUUCGCCUUCAGAACAUAAAUCCAGAGUCGUAAACAGACAUUUUUUUCGUCAAAGUAUCAUGUACUCAACCAACUUGAAAGAUAAAUUCCCAAAGAAGCAUAUAAUGGAGACCACAGCUGCCAACAGUAGCGGCGUGACAAGGUUAAUUAGAGCUAUCUUUAUAGACGACGAUAUUCACGAGAAGGACAACAACAAGAAAAAAGGUUUGCCAAAGAAAAAGAAGCCAAAAAUCCAGCGUUUACCAAGACGGUAUUUGAACAUGAGGGAGUUAUUCAAAACAUUUUUGCUCCGUCAUAAAAGAUGUAAAUUCGCUGAUCUUUUGAAGCGAUAUUGUAAAGUGACAAGGAAUGGUAGUAGUAUUCACGAACAGCAAAUGAGCCCAUCUCUCUUUGACGAAGAUGAACCUGACAAAGAAGUUGAGGAAUACAAAACUGCUGUAAACAACUAUACUAAAACAUACAAUGUGUGUCGCUUUGUAAAGGCUGUUUGUGACACUGUUAUCCCUGCUGAGUUCUGGGGAACUGAUGCCAACAAAAGAGCGUUUUACAAAUCCCUCCAAAGGUUUAUAAUGAUGCAGAAAGAUGAAACAUUUUCUCUCUUGCAAAUGGGGCAUAAGAUAAAGGUUAAAUCUUGUGAUUGGUUGAAGUUGACCAGGAAUAAAGGUGGAAGAAUUCCAGUCACCGAGUCGGAGAAGCAGAAGGAAGUGUUUUAUCGCUGGUUAUGGUGGCUUGUACGUAAUUACAUCAUGGUUAUUCUCAAAGCAUUUUUUUAUAUAACAGAAGGUGCAAGUCAAUCUCAAGACAUCUUUUACUACCGCAAACCAACAUGGAGAACAAUCCAAUCGUUUGGUAUCAAAACUGUGACCACUACAAUGCUUAGUGAAAUCUCAGAGAAAGAAGCGAAAGCCCUUGUAGAAUCCAAGGCUUCACUAGGUUAUUCCCGCAUGAGAUUCCUUCCAAAAGCCUCUUCCGUUCGUCCAAUUGUCAAUAUGAAAGUAAGUCCCAAGAUUUCUGGUGCAAAGGUAAACUUGUCCAUCAACUCCAAGCUGCGAAACGUGUUUGAAAUAAUGCGAUUUGAGAAUGCAAGAAAGCCUGCGAGGUCUGAUUCGACAAUGUUUGGCGUAGAUGAUGUCUAUAAAAGAAUCAAAUCGUUCGUUGCCACUAGAGAAAACCACGACGAGCCGUUGUACUUCGUCCAUGUGGACAUCAACAAAUGCUUUGACUCGAUCCUUCUUGACAGACUCUUUCAUAUCAUGAAAGCCGUCUUCAAGGAAGAGGAGUACAGCAUUCGUAGAUUUGCCAUGAUUAAGAGUUGCCAAGGAAAAGUCAAAAAGGUGUUUGAGAAAAGCGUUGCACUUGGAAAUGAUUGUAGGACAUUCAAGGAAUUUGCUGAAGAUACUAUCAAGGAAAAAGGCUUUAGGAAUAUGAUUCUCAUUGACCAAGUAUACUAUCCUCGUCUUGACCUUCAACAAGUUCUAGCUACCUUGAAGAAGCAUCUCUUUGGGAAUAUCGUUAUGAUAGGAAGUAAUUUCUACAGACAAAAUCGAGGCAUUGCGCAGGGCUCAAUUCUUUCAACCUACUUAUGCAGCCACUUUUACAACCACAUGGAGAAACGAUACUUAAAAACCUUCACAAAAGACGACUCCUCGCUAUUAAUGCGAUGGGUGGAUGACUUCCUGUUCAUGACACCAACCCAGGCAAAAGCAGAUGCAUUUCUGUCAACUAUGCAUGCUGGGAUACCUAAAUAUGGCUGCCAAAUAAGUGCCAAGAAGACUCUUGUCAAUUUCAACACUACGACCGGGAUCCCUGUGCGAUGUAUCAGUCAGGACCAGGGAUUUCCAUGGUGUGGGUUUUUGUUUCAUUCUAAGAUGUUAGAUGUUGGACUCGAUUAUUCGCGAUAUCAAGAUGUUAAUCCAAGGAAAAUAUUUCCGAAAACGCGCCAGUGUAAUAAUUCACAAGUACUGCUGAGCAAAUUAAGUUUCAGCGCGCGAAACAAAUGUCAUCCUCUUCUUCUUGACUUGCAAAUCAAUAGUCAAGAUACUGUGCAGAAAAACCUCUACGAGAUGUUUUAUUGGUUGGCCUGCAAGUUCUACCUGUUAUGCCGUAAUUGCCCUCAAGACAUCGUAGUUCUCAAAUUAUCACGGCUAAUAUGUUCCUUUACAAAACGAAAGUUUCGAAAACUGAACAGCAAAGAGAGAGGAUCCCUAAUAAAGGAAGGGGAGAUCAAGUGGGUGUUUUACCAAGCAUUCACGAGAUGCCUUAAAAGAAAACAUCUAUUUAAAGAUAUCGUCAAAACACUCAGGAAACUUAGUGGGAAACUGCUUGCGAACAAACCAAAUCGUCCUAAGCUGGACUAUAGAAACCCCCUGUCAGUCUGA